AUGGCGCCGGGGUCCAAGCCCGGCAGGGUGAAGCCGUCCGAGGUGGCGGCCGACACCAAGCGCAACUUCAUACCCAUGGUCAGCGCGAGCUACGCCGACGUCUUCCCCCCCUUUUCGGUGCUCUACCGACACCCGACGGCCCAGCUGGACAUUCCCCGCCGGACCCUGAGCACCCGCCCUCCCGCCUUUCACUUCGUCGCCGAGGACCCCGUCAUGGCGGCCAUAUCGUACGGCGCCGCCGACACCCAGGCCAGCGAGGCCGCCGGCGGCGGCAGGGUGCGGAUCCCCGUCAUCUGCGCCGCCAACGAGCGCCGCCCGGGAGGCGACUGGGAGACGGGCUCGUCGGGGUACGAAGAGAAGCUGUGUCGCCGGAGCAACCUCUCCGCGACGCUGAGCGCCCCUUGGCCGGGCAGCGGGGAGCCGUCCAACUACCCCAUUCCCUCGACGGGCGGCAUUCUGUCGGAUUCCGUCGUCGUCUGCCGAGGGCCCCACGACCGCUACGAGAAGCUCGACCGGUGGUACGACCUGCCCGUCGUCUCGGUGCCGCCGACGCGGUGGCCGAAACUCAAGGACAACGGGUCCCGGUACUCGUUCGCCGAGGAGCGGGGCAUGAUGCGUGACAAGAUGCGCGGCGCGCUGCGCAUCUGCCUCUACAACAACUACGACCGCGUCGUCAUCGGCGACUUUGGCCUGGGCAACAGCUGCCGCAACCCGCCGCAGGAGGUGGCCGAGAUCUGGCGCGACGUCUUCUUGUUCGACCCAGAGCUGCGCGGCCAGUUCGCCUACGUCAUCUUUGCCUUUGAGGACCCGACGCAGAGCACGACGCAGCUCAUCCUUGACGAGAUUGCCAAGAGGGACAAGAAGGGCGGCUCCAAGGGGCGGUCACGCGGCGAGUCGUCGGGAUCCAACUCUUCGUCGUCGUCGCGGGGACGCGCGCCGACGGACCUUGGCAUAUUCCAGCGCGCCUUCGACCCGGCCGAGAUCCAGCGAGUCCUGAGCGCCCCUGACCCGCGGUACGGCCUGGGCAUGAUUACGUCCUGA